AUGUCGGCAGCGUCAUCGCCGCCCUUCAGCGAAAAUGCACUCAACCGCUUCCGCAUAACGCAUCCCGACCAGACCCGCAGCCUGGCGCGGCGUCUAAACCGUCUCCCUCACCUCCCCCAAACCAACCUCGAGGCGAAGAACGACGCCGAGACCGAAGUCGAGAUUGCGCGUCUUGAGGCGCAGCGCUGGAAGUUCGGCGUCGAGCGGACCCUCGCGACGGUCGCGGCGCUCGACAGGCAGCGGGACGAGUACACCAGCAAGACGGCUGAUACUGUCAGUCGCACCGAGGAGCUUCGGCGGAUUAUUGCGGCGGAGAAGGAGCAGCUCGCUCGCGAACAGGCCGAGCGUGACUACCGCAUGCGGUGCGACGACGUCGCCAGGAAGAUUCAGGCUCGCGGCAAGACGCGUGCUGAGCUCCAAGCCGAAAUCGAAGCUCUCGAAGCCUCGAUCGUCGAGCACCGCGAGGGAUUCGACGCUGUCCUGGAUGUCGCGCGGCGGCGCGUCGAGACGUUCACUCGUAUCGGCAGCCUCAUGGAAGAAUGCCGCGCCCUCAAGAUGCCACAGUUCGAUGACGAGGCACCAGAGGCCGCGCGCGAGUCCAACCCCGAGCCGAAGCUCAAGCCUACUGCCCUUCCCUUCCAGCCGCGCGUGAGCGGAGCUAACGCUGCGCCAACUCGCGCCGCAUCUCCGGCUGUGCGUAACCCCGCUCCCGCACCCGGAUCGCGCACGCCUGCAGCUACUCAUGGCCAUGGCCUGCCAGCACGUCCCGCGUCGCGCUCUGGCCAGCGUUACACUACUCGUCCAACUUUACCACAGCGUCCCGGCGGCUCGCGUACCAUUCCGGGUCUUGAGGACGGCGAAGUCGGGGAGGAGGACGGUGAGGUGAAGGAGAACGGGAAACGGCGUGCCGCGGAUGAGGUGGGCAGAAACACGCGCCAGCGGAGGUAG